AUGUAUGAGCCCACAGGGACAACUAUAGCAACGAUUGAACCAGAGGUCCCAACCAAAGCCGCCACUGAAUCGCUACGAGCCAUGCCAAUAGAGACAUUGCUUGAAGAGUUCCAUGAGAACAACUCUUAUGAAUCCUUUGCGACCAAGGAAUCAAAACUGCAACAGCUAACACGGUCGCCUCUCUCACAAGUUAAUUAG